AUGCAGCCUCCGGCGAAGGCUGGCCGGCUCACUCGGAGCCUGGUUGUGAACGGCGGCGUGUUCAUCUUCAUCGCCGCGAUUGUCGCCGGCGCUUUCGUCUCCGCCUACUGGAUAUCUGCCAGCGCCAGAGGUAGGGCAGGACUUCAGAGAGUUGCGACAGUACUUGACACCGGCCGACCGAUGCAUCAGAAGUUCAGGAACAUAGAACAGCACUACCACGGUUGCCGACAAGUCUGCCGGGUUGCUUCGAUCAUUCCUGCCGGUUGGGGGCCCCUUCCUCCGCAGCAGCCACCUGCUCCGGCGCCGGAUGCCGCAGAACCAGCGACGACGGCGUGCCCGGCCUACUUCCGGUGGAUCCACGAAGACCUGCGGCCAUGGCGAGCCACGGGGAUCACGCGCGAGACGUUGGAAGGCGCCCGCCGGUACGGCGCCAAGUUCCGGGUGACGGUGCUCGCGGGGCGCCUCUACGUGGCGCGCUACGGCCGGUGCUUCCAGACGCGGGACGUGUUCACGCAAUGGGGCAUCCUGCAGCUGCUCCGGCGCUACGCUGGCCGCCUCCCCGACCUCGAUCUCAUGUUCAACUGCCAGGACCUGCCGGUCGUCAACGCCGGCGACCACGCGCCUCCGCCGCUGUUCCGGUACUGCGGCAGCGAGCCCACGCUGGACAUCGCCUUCCCUGACUGGUCCUUCUGGGGCUGGCCGGAGCUGAACAUAAAGCCAUGGGAAGCGUUGAGAAGGGAGAUUAGUGAGGCGAAUGCGGCGUUGGACUGGACGCGCAGGACGCCGUACGCGUACUGGAAGGGGAACCCGACGGUGGGCGCGGCGCGCCGGGAGCUCCUCAAGUGCAACGUCUCCCGCGAGCGUGACUGGAACGCCCGGAUCUACGCGCAGGACUGGAGGACGGAGGUACGAGACGGGUUCAGGGCAUCGGACUUGGCCAAGCAGUGCACGCACAGGUACAAGAUGUACGUGGAAGGGCGCGGGUGGUCGGUGAGCGAGAAGUACAUCCUGGCGUGCGACUCCGUGGCGCUCGUGGUGCGGCCGAGGUUCCACGACUUCUUCUCCAGGGGGCUCGUGCCGCUGCGGCACUACUGGCCCGUGCGCGGCCAGUGCCGGUCCAUCAAGUUCGCCGUGGACUGGGGCAACUCGCACCCAGUGCAGGCGCGGGUAAUAGGAGGAAAUGCGAGCCGGUUCGUGCAGGAGGAGCUGACGAUGGAUAAUGUGUACGACUACAUGUUCCACCUUCUGAGCGAGUACGCUAGGCUGCUGCGGUACAAGCCCACGGUGCCGGGCGGGGCCGUGGAGGUCACCGUGCAGUCCAUGGCGCGCGGAAGGCGAGGGCUGGAGCGGGAGUUCAUGGCGGGCACGGCGGUGAACGUCUCGGGCAGCGCGGAACCGUGCGAGCUGCCGUCGCCGUUCGGGUCCGAGGAGCUGGAGUCGCUGCGGAGGAGGAAAGCCGAUGCGGCGAGGCAGGUGGAGACGUGGGAGGAGCGGUGA